AUGCCCGAGUUCUAUGAAAGGUUGGUAACAAGCAGAUGGAUACGCUUUGCGGAGGCACCAAUCAAGGCAAAUUAUACCCUUGUGCGUGAAUUCUAUGCGAAUGCUGCAGAGGCAGACAUUACAGAUAGGGCGAUUGUCAAAGUCAGAGGCGUAGAUGUCCUGUGCAAUGCUUCUCGAAUCAAUGCCUACUACAAUCUACAGGAUGGUGACAAUAGUGAGAUGGCACAGCGGUACGAACAAAUACGACAACAAUGGUUUGUGACCCACCUUCACGGUGGGGAGCAACCGAAGUGGUUGACCACAAUGCAAAGAAAGAUUGACUCCACGGAGUUCACUGCUGAGGCGAAAACUUGGCUAGAUAUUGUGACAUCCAAGGAUCAGUUCUUUCCUUUAGCCAAGUUUGCAUACAACAACAAUUUUCACUGCAGUAUUGAUAUGGCGCCAUUUGAGGCUUUGUGUGUUAAGGGAUGUUGUUCUCCGAUUGGUUGGUUUGACACUUUCGAGGUUCGCCCUUGGGACCGAAAGGUUCGGGAUCUUGAGUUCAUGGAGAGAGAGCAGGUUUUGUUGAGGAUAUUACCCAUGAAGGGUGUGAUGAGGUUUGGGAAAACAGGCAAGUUGAGUCUGAGGUAUUUGGAUCCUUUUGAGGUGCUUCGUAGGGUUGGUGAGGUUACUUAUGAGUUAGCAUUGCCACCGGGUAUGUCAGGUGUUCAUCCGCUCUUCCAUGUGUCCAUGUUGAAAAGGUAUUAUUCUGACGGUUCUUACGUUGUUCACAGGAAUUUAGUCUUGCUUGGUGAUGAUUUGACUUUCGAGGAGGGCCCAGUUGCCAUUUUGGAUAGGCAGGUUAGAAAGUUGAGAUCUAAGGAGAUUCCAUCGGUCAAGGUUCAGUAG